AAUUGAAACCAACCCUAAGCUCUUCUAAUCUUCGCUCUGUUGGUAACCCCGAUUAUUACUGACUUAAGCAUCGGAGUGUCUACCCCGAGAUCCAUCUCGGGGCUUUGCAGGUCAAUCCGGAGUGCAGAUAUGAACUGAAGAAGGACAUCUGGUUUGGUGCAAUUACAUUUUGGCGCCGUCUGUGGGAAUUCGGACUAAAAGCUUCCUUGUCGCUCUUAUCAUGGUUAAAACUAGGUCAGCCCGAGGUGGAAACUCGUCUCAGCCUCUUGGACGAGGUCAGGUCCCCAGCAACCUUCCACCUCAUCCCCCGUCCCCAAUCCUGAAUACACUCCCUCGUGUUGACCAUACAGAAGGAGGAGAUGAAAAUGAACCACACAAUUCGAUUCACAACUCAGCCUCUACUGCCAACCAAGACGUAGUUGCAGCCCAGCUCGUCGCCAUGCAACAACAGUUUGGUGUCUUUCAGCUAGUGCUGGCUCAGCUAUUAGCUCGGAACAAUCCUGGUGAUCCGCUCAUCAACCUACUCAAUCCUGCUCCACAACCCCCAGCUCCACAACAAAAUCCUGAACCAGUUCAACAUGCUCAUGCUAUUAGUGAAUCCCAGGGCCAAUCUCACAUCGCACCAGUUCAGCAACCUCUUCAUGAUGAUGUUCCUCGACAACCCUACCCUGCUGGCUUCAGAAUACCUCAACUUGAGACUUAUGAUGGGACAAAAGACCCUAAUGAUCAUCUGCAUGCUUUCUACUCUUGCAUGCAAGCCCAGAAUGCCUCUGAUGCAUUGAUGUGCAAAAUAUUUCCUUCUACUCUCCGAGGAAACGCUCGUACCUGGUAUUACAGUCUACCCCCAAAGUCAAUCAAUUCUUAUACAGGACUGGCGUCUGCUUUUGCCACAAAGUUUUCCAGUAGAAGGUUGAUAAGGAAAACCACUUCUGAGUUGAUGCGAGUCCGGCAGAGGGACGACGAGUCUUUGAAGAAUUUUAUGAGCAGAUUCAAUGAUGCAGUGUUGGAGGUUAACUCCUUCGACCAGGCUGUGGGCAUUACGGCUGUGAUCUCAAGUCUUGGCCAUGAGAGAUUCAGAGAUAGUCUGCUUAAACAUCCUGCCACCACCUUCAGCGAGGUAAAUGAUAGAUCACUGAAAUUCAUCACUGCUGAGGAAUAUGCCUUGUCGCAGAACCCAACUCCUAUUAAGAACCAAUAUUCGGACUGGAGAGAUGAGAAUCCGAACAGGAAACGGAUGAAGACAACACAGAACCGAGGUAAACCUCCAGUUACUUGGACUCCUUUUAAUUUACCGAGGUCACAAAUCUUUAUGCAGAUUAAGAAUAAGAUGGACUUAAGACGUCCGGGUCCAAUGAGAACUACUGCUGCUGCCAGAGAUCAUACUAGGUAUUGUGAUUUUCAUCAAGAUCACGGUCAUACAACAGAGCAGUGCAACAGUCUGAGGUCCGAACUGGAAAGUCUGGCUCAGAAGGGAAUGUUGAAUGAAUACAUCCAGAGGGGUGAACAGCCAAAGUUUGUCAGAGAACAGGGGCUACAGCAUCAAGGAGUUCGCAAUCCCCCAAACAGGCAAGGUGUGGGAUAUCAGCAAGUGCUACCCCCGCUCCCACCACCAGCUAGAAUCAUACACAUGAUUACGGGAGGCUUGGAAGCAGGUGGACUGAGCUCUAAGCAGCGCAAGUUAUAUGUCAGAGAGCGUGUCCUUGUUGACACAGGGAGUGCACCAGACAUCAUGUACUUCCAUUGUUUUGAGAGUCUUGGUUUGGAUCCAACUUUGUUGCAGCGGUAUGAUGGUCCCAUCUACGGAUUCAACAAUCAACCAGUCCCAGUUGAAGGAGUCCUCACCAUGAAUUUCCCAACUCCUAUGGGAAUAGCAACACUGCGAGGCAACCAGGAGGUGGCUAGGCAUUGCUAUAUCACCUCGGUUACACAACCUAAGAAGGGCAAGGCCCAGAUGCCCGAGGCAGCUCCUCAAAAGAUUUCUGACAAUCAGCAAGUCAUGGGUGUUGAAAUAGUAGAUAACCGACCGGAGGAUGAAACCCAAGCUGCUCCAGUGGAGGAUGUGGAAGAAGUACAGACUGAUGACAGAGAUCCGAGCCGAAAAACGCAAAUAGGGACUAAACUGGACCCGAAGGAAAGAGCAGACCUAAUAGCUUUUCUCCGGGCCAACAAAGAUGUUUUUGCAUGGACUUCAGCCGAUAUGCCGGGAGUUCCUACUUCGGUUUCUCAACAUAAGCUCAGCACCAAUCCACUCAAGAAACCAGUAGCUCAGAAGCGGCGCCUCUUUGGGGGAGAAAGGUUAAAAGUCAUUAAAGAAGAAGUCGAGAAACUCCUACAAGCUGGCUUUGUCAGGAGGGUCGAUUACUGUGAGUGGGUCGCCAAUCUGGUGCUGGUGAAAAAAGCAAACGGUAAAUGGCGGAUGUGCAUCGAUUACACUAACCUCAACGAUGCAUGUCCAAAUGACUGUUACCCAAUGCCAAACAUUGAUAAGCUGGUUGAGGCAGCUUCGGGAAAUGAGAGAUUAAGUCUCUUGGAUGCAUAUUCAGGAUAUCACCAGGUGCCAAUGGCUCCAGAAGACGAAGAAAAAACCUCGUUCUAUGCCGGCGAUGAAAUUUAUUGCUAUGUGAUGAUGCCCUUCGGCUUGAAGAACGCAGUGGUAAAGAGUUUGAAAGCUGACGAUCACUUAACCGACCUUGAGGAGACAUUCAACAAUCUCAGACAGAAUAGAAUGAGGUUAAACCCAGCCAAAUGCAUCUUUGGUGUGGAGUCUGGAAAAUUCCUGGGUUUUAUGGUUUCCCGGAGAGGGAUUGAGGUCAACCCAGAGAAGAUUAGAGCAAUUGCCGAGAUGGAACCGCCGAAGUCAGUGAAGGACAUACAGAGGUUGACUGGAAGGGUAGCAGCUCUUCAUCGGUUCAUAUCGAAGUCAGCAGAUAAGUGCCUACCAUUUUUCAAGAUUAUGCAGUCAGUUGCCCAGAAGGAUGAAUCGGGUAAUUCCAUUCCUACUCCGGAGCCCAAUGACUGGACCUUAUAUGUUGAUGGGGCAUCUAGUAGCAAAGGUUCAGGAGCUGGUGCUCUCUUAAUCGGCCCAGAUGGAUACCGAAGCGAACAUACUUUGAAAUUUAACUUCGAUGCAACAAACAACAUGGCUGAGUAUGAAGCCCUGCUACUUGGUCUGCAGUUAGCAUUGGAAUUAAAACUUAGUGCGAUCCAAGUAUACAGUGACUCCCAGCUGGUGGUGAACCAAAUUAACUCCAUCUGCGAAGUUGUUGAUCCUGUGAUGGUGAAAUAUGUAGCUCUGGUGGCCGAGCUGAAGUGCAAAUUCCAGAAAUUCUGUCUGAGCAAAAUCCCCCGAACUGAGAACGAACAAGCAGAUUCACUCUCUAAAUUCGCCUCUGAUAGUUCUUCACAUUCCAGAUCAGUUUUUGUGGAGGUCUUAGAUGAACCAAGCUUCAUGAAGCCACGGGUGAUGGAGAUCAGCAUCGACCUAGGCACACCGAGCUGGACGGACCCAAUUCCCUCCUUCUUACGAGACGGGAUAGUACCUGAGGACAGGCAGGAGGCAAUGAAGUUGAGGAGGAAAGCAUCUCGAUAUACACUUGUUGAUGAGGUCCUCUAUAAGCGAUCUUUCUCUCUACCUCUUCUACGGUGCUUGAAUCCCUAUGAAGCAGAAUAUGCACUCAGGGAGGUGCAUGAAGGUGUUUGCGGAAGUCACGUGGGUGCUCGAACUUUGGCUCAUAAAGUCCUUAGGCAGGGUUAUUAUUGGCCCAACAUGUACAAGGAUGCCACUCACUUUGUUCAGAGAUGCUUGAAAUGCCAGUUCUUUGCGCACCUGACUCACCAGCCUGCAGAAGAACUCACUACUCUGGUAGCACCAUGGCCAUUUGCUCAGUGGGGAUUGGAUCUUUUGGGCCCAUUCGUGAAGGGGGUUGGUGGUGUAACCCACCUGAUUGUUGGUGUAGACUAUUUCACAAAGUGGGUUGAAGCUCGGCCAUUAUCCAGUCUUACUUCCAAGAAGUUCACCCCGGUUUACCAUCCGGAGUCCAACGGCAUGGUUGAAUCUGUUAACAAGUGCAUCUUAAAAGGUAUAAAGCCGAGGCUGGAACAACACAAGGCCAAAUGGGCAGACGAUCUCAACAACGUCCUCUGGGCAUACAGAACUACGAGUCAAACUGCCACAGGCGAAACACCUUAUCAUCUGGCUUUUGGUACCGAAGCAGUCAUUCCUAUCGAGAUUGGGGUUCCAAGCUUCCGAGUCACCCAUUUCGAUGAAGGACGGAAUGGACAACUGCUUCGGGAGAACCUUGAUUUGCUUGAUGACGUUAGAGAAGAAGCACGACUUCGAACUCUAGUCUACAAGCAGAAAAUAGCAAACUUCUACAACAAAAGAGUUCGACCCCGAACAUUCAAAGUAGGAGACCUUGUUCUCAGGAAAGCAGGUCUGACGGGGUUCGAAACUCGAUUCGGCAAAUUGGCACCAAACUGGGAAGGCCCCUACACUGUCGCCGAAGUGCCGCACCCAGGUGCUUAUAUCCUACGGGACACUGAAGGCAAACGGGUUCCCAGAGUCUGGAAUAUCAAUAACUUGAAGAAGUUUUACCCUUAAGUAUACUUCAUUUAAGUGAACUUUGUUUUAAUAGUUCUUACUUUCACUCCUACUGCUCAACUUAGAGUGUAUUUUAACUCAAUUCAUUAAUAAGUUUCACUUCCUGUC